AUGGCUUGCAGGAAGCAGUGCUUGGACAGCUCAACCAAGUGGGCGCUCGUCGGCGGCGGCAGCGUGGCUCUGGUGUUGACCAUCGGGAUGAUCCUGGGCUUGACACUGUCACGCGGCACCCAGCCAGGCUGUGAGCACGAUGAGGCCUGCCGCCCCGACGCGGACAUGCUGGACUACCUGCUAAGCCUGGGCCAGAUCAGCCGCAAGGACGGCCUGCUGGUCACCUGGUACCACGCGGCCAACAGCCAGGAAGAGAUGGGAGCUGCCCUGAAGAGCGACGCCAUGGUCUUGGAGGCUGACGUCACUGUGGAAGGACUCAACACAGCCAAUGAGACAGGAGUCCCAGUCAUGGCCCACCCCCCGGCCAUCUACAGCGACAACACCCUGCAGCAGUGGCUGGAAGCUGUGCUGGCCUCUUCCCAGAAGGGCAUCAAACUGGACUUCAAGAGCAUCAAGGCCGUGGGCCCCUCCCUGGACCUCCUGCGGCAGCUGACGGAGGAGGGCAGAGUCCGGAGGCCGGUGUGGAUCAAUGCUGACAUCCUAAGGGGCCCCAACGUGCCCCUGCCAAUCGAAGUCAAUGCAAGCCAGUUCCUGGCCCUGGUCCAGGAGAAGUAUCCUGAGGCCACCCUGUCUCCAGGCUGGACCACCCUCUACCUGCCCCUCUUCCCCAACAGCACGUAUACCCGCGCCAUGGUGGAGGAGAUGCAGGGGCUGGUAGGAGCACUGCCACAGAGGGUCACCUUCCCCGUGCGGGCUGUCAUGCUGCGGGCUGCCUGGCCCAACUUCAGCUGGCUGCUGGGGCAGUCGGACAGGUACAGCCUGACGCUGUGGCAGGGGGCUUCAGACCCCCUGUCAGUGGACGACCUCCUCUACGUCUGGGACAACUGUGCCGCCCACCAAGUCUACUACGACCUCUUCGAGCCUGUGCUGUCACAGUUCAAGCAGUUGGCCUUGAAUGACACACGGAAGCGAAUGUACUACUCGGGAGGCAGCCUGAUCCCUGUCCUCCAGCCAGCUGGGGGCGACGGCCUGGGCGUGGAGUGGCUCCUUCCAGACAUCCAGGGCCAUGGAAGAUCGGCAACAGUCACCCUUCCAGACAGAGAAGGCAUGAUCCUGCUGAACGUCGGCCUCCAGGAAACUGCAGCCGCUGACCCCGUGCCCAUCGUCCUCGCCCCGGGCGACCCUGCCCUCACACUGGAGUCGUGCCUGCUGCAGCUGGCCACACGCCCCGGGCGCUGGGGCGUCCACGUGCACGUCAUGGAGCCCACAGCCCUCCGGCCAUCCCUGGCCAUCCUGGCACACCUCUCCUCCCUUGGCCACCUGCGUCGGCCUGUGUGGUUCGGGGCCACGAUCUCCCAUGGCAGUUUUGUGGUCCCUGGCCAUGUGGCUGGCACAGAGUUGCUCGCCGCCGUGGCUGAGGUGUUCCCCCACGUGACCGUGGCUCCGGGCUGGCCCGAGGAGGUACUGGGCAGUGGCUACGGGGAGCAGCUGCUCACGGAUAUGCUAGAGCUGUGCCAGGGGCUCUGGCAACCUGUGUCCUUCCAGGUGCAGGCCAGGCCCCUGGGCCAGAGUGCGGCUGGAGCCGUGGCCAGUCUGCUGGCGGCCUCCCCCAGGGCCACUGUCACGGUAUACCAGAGUGCUGCCGGGGGCGACGAUGCAGCCGUGCGGGCAGGGCUGCUGGCGGCCAGGGCAGAGGACAGGACCCGCGUCUACUACAGGCGGUUCUAG